AAGCCAAGCAUAGCGUUUCUGUCUUUCUGAAUAGUCCUCAAAUAUUAUUAUCAUAUAUGGUACUUUUUCUCGUUUUUAGUAGUGUAUAAUUCCAUUAAUAAUUGGUUUUUUUUAAUAUUUUCGGGGUGUUGUUGACAUUAAAAGCUCGUAUGUUUGAUUACAUUAGUUUGAACUAUUAAAUAUUUAUUUUUAGGACUAUAAUAGAGAACCAAUAUUGUAAAAUAUAGUGAUAAUAUGAUAAAAACAAUUUAUUACGAUCAAAAUUAUAUCUCAAAAAAAUAAUUACAAUAAUUUAUAUAUUAUUUAAUUAUUCUAAAAUAAUAUUUUUCUUGAAUACUCCAAUAAUGUAAUAGUUGAACGCACGGAUCAAUUCUACGUACUAAAAUCCUGAAAUUACUCAACACUUCUCGUUUAAUCUUUAGUGUGAUAGUGGAUUUAAAAAUGGCUAUUUUUCGACUAAAAAUUUUGUCUGCAUUAUCAAUCCGUUUUUGAUAAUGUAAAAAUGUCAUUUUUGCAAUAUAAUGUGAAUAUUUUUUAAUGAGACUGACAACGUUUACAAGUAAUAACAAUGGAGAGUCCUGUUAAUAGUGAAAAUUCAGUAUCUACAACCAAAGAGCCAGUGAAAGCAGAAGAUCGAACUUCAUCAAAUUCUGGUGACAGAAGCGAUGAAGCAUCUUCGCCGCCGCCAAAUUGUAGCAUAUGCUUGGGAAAACUUGUGAAUACAUCUUUUACUGACAGCUGUUUACAUCAAUUUUGUUUUACAUGUCUUCUGCAAUGGUCUAGAAUAAAAACUGAAUGUCCAUUAUGUAAACAAACAUUUAAAUCAAUUAUCCACAAUGUAAGAUCAGAAGAAGACUACGAUCAGUAUCAUGUGCCUAGAGAGUCAACUCAAGCAACAGCAACAACAACGAGACUUAACCUUAGCCUUGCUUUCAGUCCAGCUUCCAUGGCAGAAACAAUCCGGAGAUUUUCUUAUCGAACGACAUUAACACCUAAUCGUCGGUAUGGAACUCUCUCUGGAGGAUCUCUAUGGAUUGCUGCUCAACACGCUCGUCAAGAACAAGUACCCAAUAAUUCUGUUUUGUCUGUUUCUCAUGAAGAACGACGAUAUCGUCGUAAUAUUUACCGAACUGGUGUUUGGUCUGAUCCUAUACCUGAUAUACAUUCUCGUUUCCGUGAAUGUAGUGCAGAAUAUUAUAGGAGAUUCCCCCAAGAAAUAGAUCGUCUAGUUCCUUGGAUAAAUCGUGAUUUACAAACACUAUUUAACGAAAACCACACGCAAAUUGCUUACGUGCUAGAAGUAAUUACGAGCUCUCUGACUAGAUAUGAUAUGCGUAGUCCAGAGUUUCGUAAUGUACUUCGUCCCUAUUUUGGUAUAAAUACGGAUCACUUUAUUCAUGAGCUUAUGAAUUAUGCUCGCACUGAUUUAAAUAUUACGGCUUAUGAUGAUCUUAUUACUUUUCUACAUCAUCCUAAUCGUGGUUUAUCCGGUGCUUAUUGGUAUCAAGUACAAUCACAAUCAUCUAGUAGUAAUAGUACUAGUUCAACAUCUGAUGACUCUGAUGUCCGAGUUGUUGAUCACAUCGAUGCAGUUGAAACAGAACCGCCUUCAGUUGGUCCUCACUUAUUGAGUGUUCCAGGACCUAGUACAGUGAGCCAAACAUUCCGCAUAGAGACACCAGAAGAUAGUCCCUGUGUUCUUACAAUUUCUUCAAGUUCCUCUGAAUCAGACUGUGAAAUAAUAGGCUAUGUAAAACCACGUCAUGAAAGAACUCCAGAAAUAAUUGAACUUUUAUCUUCCGAUGGAGAAAAUGAAGCAAGUAGAGCUAUUGUACCUGUAGUAGAGACUCCUAGAUCACCAUCACCAAUGCCAUCAACGAGUCAUCCAAGUACUUCAUAUAAUAAUGAACGACGAGGUUACAAUCCGAACUCAAAUUAUUAUUCAACCCUAAGUGAAACAUCGAGCGAUAAUAGUGAUAGUGAUUCAGACAGUGAUUACAGUCAAGAAAGAAAGCAAAGUAGCCGUCGAAAAAAGCGUUCAUCUAAAAGUAAUCGUAAAGUUGCGCAUAAACCUUCAUCAAAAAAGAGAGAAAUUUCAAAAAAACGUAUUAGAUAUAGUUUUAGCUCGUCUGAUAGCAAUGGAGAGAUUAAAAAACGAAAAACUACAAAAAGUGCUCGAGAGAAUUGGAUAUUACGAAGUAGUUCUGAAGAUGAUAGUGAUGCAGAAAAUGUUUCAAGAAAACAAAAGGUUAAGGAUGAUAGUGCUAAAAUGCUAAGUGUACGAGUUAGGAAAGAUCUUAUGAAUGAACCUAAAAAACAUACGAAAUUAAUAAUAUAUGACAGUACCACUUCCAGCUACAGUAGUAGUGAUAGCAGCAGCGAUUCAACAAGCAGCAGCACAAGUUAUAGAAGCAGUAGCAGUAGCUCUAGAUUCAAAAAGUUACAAAAAAAAUUUGUUUCUCGACAACUAAAGAAUAAAACACACAGACAAAAUCAUGCAGUCAAUCAUUCAGAUGAUAAUAGUGUUAGAUCGUCGAGAUCUAGAUUAAAAUCUACCGUGAUAAAAAUUAAUUCAACAGUAUUGCGAAAGGAUUCCAAUAAAAAAGAAUGGUAUGUUGAUAAGAAAGAUUCGUCGCGUAGCAGAAGUCGGAGUAGAUCUUCAUGUAAUCUGGAAAGCGAUGAUAAUGUACAACGUCAUGAUAGUAUAAUUAAACAUCGUGAAAAAAGAACAGCACAGAAAAUUGCUAAUGAAAAAAUAAAAACUGAGAGCUUGUAUUUUAUGACUGACUCAGCCAAUGAUGACGAAUCACAGAGAUCCAAUAGCCAAUGCAGUGUAUAUUCUGAACGAUCAAGAUCCGAUAAACAUAAAAAUAAAAUUAGUGCAAAGACAGCUAAGUCGCGAAAAAGUAAAUCACGCAAAAAAAGUAGUAAAAUUUUGAAAGAUAAACAGAAGAGGUCACGAACCAAAUCUAAACGAGACAAACGACGUAAAAAUAGUUCAUCAUCCUCAAGUUGUUUAUAAGUGAUUAUACAUAAACAAUAAUGUUUAAUUAUAAUUCCUCAUUUGUUUAUAAUUUUUUAAUUGCAUCUUGAUAUACCUUUAUUAAUAUCACUGUACAAAGCAAUUUGUUAUUAUGUAUAACAACUGAUA